CUUGUAGAGAAUACUAAAGCUAAGUAUAGUAUCCUAGAUGAAGACACCCACAACUUUAAUAAAUUUGGCUUUAUGAUAGGCGUUAUAUCCACUAGUGCUGUUGUCACAGGCUCUGAGCGUUGAGGGAGACCAAAGACAGUGCAGCAGGGCGACCAAGAGUAGACUAGCAUUAUCCAAGGCAUCUGCGCAAAGGGCUGGUCUAUCCCACCCUUCAUUAUCCUCUCUAGUAAGCACCACCUCUCAGCCUAGUACAAGGAGCCUAGUAUACCUAAUAACUAGGUUAUUAGUGUCUCUAACAACAGCUAGACUAAUAAUAAGCUUAGAGUUAAGUAGUUAAAGCACUUUAAUAAGCACACAAAGGCGCGCACUGUUAGCAGCUACUAACUGCUUGUUCUAGACAGCCACAAGAGCCACAACUUAUACUAUAAGGAGUAUAAGAUUAUUACUCUGUGUAUGCCCCCACACUCAUCCUAUCUGCUACAGCCGCUUGACGUGGGUUGUUUCUCCCUAUUAAAGAAGGCCUAUGGCCGCCAAGCCGAGCAGCUGAUGCGGAGCAAGAUCACUCGCAUCACCAAACUUGAGUUCUUGCCGUGCUUCAAAGCUGCUUUUGAUGCUUCAAUUACCAAGAGCAACAUCUAGGGAGGAUUCAGAGGCGCUGGCCUGGUCCCGUUUGACCUAGAGGCUGUGAUAUCAAAGCUUGAAGUACAGCUACGCACGCCAACGCCACCUAUUGUAGACAACAGCACGUAGGAGUCUAAGACACCAAGCAACACCCUAGAAUUUAGGUCUCAAUCAAAGCUAAUUCAAGAGAGGAUCCAGAGACACGCUAAUAGCUCACUAACAUCAAUGGUUGACGCCCUUAAUCAGCUCACCAAAGGCGCAGAGCUAAUGGCGCAUUCACUAGUUUUGGUGCGCAACCAGGUUGCUGACCUUCAGGUAGCCAAUAAGGCUGCCACACGCUGUAAAUCACACAAAAGAAAGCAAUUACAGUGAGAUAGGGUAUUAACCUUUGCUAAGGGAGUGCGGCUAACUACUCUAAAGGAGUUUGAGGCCCGUAGUGAUGGGAAGAAGGCAAAGAAGAGAGGAGGCGCUAAUAGCAGCACU